AUGGAGGACGAUGACAUGAAGGAGGGCGCCGUGGUCACCAGGCCUGCCGCCACGGACCGAGUAGACUCGUCGACUGACGGCUCGCACGGGUACACUGGCAUCGAGAAGGAGGUCUUCGGCCGUCUCCUGGGGAAGGGAAUCCCCGAGAUUGACUCUUUGAUCGAUGUGAACGUGGACAAGGUGGAGGACGUGCUUCUGCACCGCAGGAUCCUCAACGAGUGCGCCGACCCUGACAAGCGCCCCGUCUUCCAUGUCCGCUUCUUGAACGUGAGCAUAUCACUACUCUACUGGAUCGUUUCUCAACUCGAUCGAGUGUGCUAG